AUGCCAGAGGAGGGUGCUGAACUCGGCGACGUGAGCCUGCUGCGACGGAUGCCCAACGUGGAAGUGCUAGCGCUCAGUAUCAACAAGAUACGAACCCUAGUGGACUUCGCAGGAUGUCGCCGGCUGAGGGAGCUGUACGUGCGCAAAAACGAGAUCGGAGACCUCAGCGAGAUCAGGCAUCUCAGGAGGCUGCCGGAUCUGACGUCACUGUGGCUCGACGAGAACCCCUGUACGCAGGUUCCAGAAUACAGAAUGACAGUACUGAGAAACUUGCCAAACCUGGAGAAAUUGGACAAUGUAGCUGUACAGCCGGACGAGGUGCAAGAAGCUAUGCGUCGCGGCGUGCACAUACCUGACUCCGAUGACGAGGGUUAUCCCCAACAGCAAGAGAGUUACGGCCAGUACCGGCGCCAGCGGUCGUGCGAGUCGAGCCCCGAGCGCGACACGGACUAUUACACGCGCCCCCCUCCGUCCACCAGACAGGACCAGUGCCUGCUGUCGCCGACGCGUCGCGCUCCGCCCGCGGCCGCCUCGCCCGACUCGGACGAGAGAUACGACCACCCCGCCAUGACCAGGUCACAAUAUGACCCCGCCAGCGCCGCGCGCUCGCCCGACGCGCCCGCGCUGCGCCACUCGCUCUCCGCGCACAGCGUCAAGGAGUACUCGUACAGUUCGAACGGCGAUUGUCGGUUCGGGUCCGGGGGACGUGUUUCGUCACCGCCGCAGUACAACGAAAGUUACUACGAGAGACACGACAGGGCGGAGUCAUACGGGCAGAUGUCGACGCGCUGCAGCGGCGAGGCGUGGGAGGAGCGCGGCGGGGGGAGCGUGGGGGGAGGCGGCGCGGGGGCGGCGGGCGCGGGCGGGGGCAGCCGCGAGCGCGUCGCCGCCUUCGAGAGAGCGAGCGCGCUGCACGAGCGCGAGCGGGACAGGGAGUACCCCUCCGCCGUCAUGGCCGAACACAGGGGCUUCACCAGGAGGCCUGUUACCAGAAACUCGAACCUGCUGUCGGCGCUGCUGUGCCUCGUCAAGGAGCUGGACUACCCGAGCCUCGAGGUCGCCGAGAUGGCCGUCAGAUGUCGCAUGGACGAGCUGGCGAACAGCCAGUGA